GGUAAAAAGUACAAGGGCCAAUGGGUCGAUAACAAGAUCACCGGCCGAGGCACCAUGACCUGGCCCAACGGCGACAGGUACGACGGCGAGUGGUUCGAGGGCAAGAAGCACGGCUUCGGCACCAUGUGGCGGUGCGAGCACGGCAAGCACAGGGUCGAGUACAACGGAACGUGGGUCCACAACAGACGCGACGGCUACGGCGUGAUGCACAACGCAAAGGGCGAAACGUACGAGGGGGAAUGGCGCGACGGCGUCAGGCACGGGAGGGGUAAGCAGACGUACGGCGGGAGGUUCGACGGCGCGGGCGCCGACGUCUUCGACGGUGAAUGGGUGGAGGGGCGACGCGCGGGGCACGGGGUGAUGCAGCUCGCCAACGGGGAUCUGUACGAGGGGGAGUGGCUCGACGACGUCAAGCACGGCGCGGGCGUCUACUACUACGAGGCCAAGGGGAUGAGGUACGACGGGGUGUGGGAGCGCGAC